UUUAAUGGUGCGUUCAGCAAAUACACGUGGCCACUCGAAUCCAAGCGAUGGCCCGGUGAAUGUGUAUAUCGUUCCUGCGAUUAUUUCGUUCAUUUUCCUUUCCUUUUCAAACGUUAGUCGCUCACCGAAAGGAACAUUUACUGCUAACGAGAUAGAUAGGUUAAGGUGUGACACAGUGGACACGCGUGUAGCCUGACAGCGCUAACAGUUUGAUUAGCGAUGGAAGAUGAAGAGGAGAUUAAGUGCCAAGACGAAGAGCCAGGUGAAUUUUAUUUCGAGUCGGAUCAUCUAGCGCUGAAGGGAAACAAGGAUUACAAUACUCUUUUGAAAACGAUCGUAAUCCUCGAAUCUCAACGUGUCCAAGCUAUCGAAGACCUGGAUAAACUACUGUCCAUUCGUUCUAAGGCAUUGAAGGACCCAAUAUCGUUCGUAGCACAGAUACAGAAUAGCGAACUUCCAGAAUUACCAGGACCACAGAAAAUUGCGGAAAUUCCUUAUAUUGACUGGUCACAAUAUAACAUAGCUGUACCUGAUAUGCGUAUUAGGCCGCAAACCAGGCAUGGACACGUUCUGCCUCAUGUGCAAACGAAAACUGAACAGGAAAAUGGAAAGAUUCUAGUGCGAGGUCGUGCUUUUGACGAAAGCAAACCUGAAACGUUCAAUCAAUUGUGGACAGUGGAGGAACAGAAAAGAUUGGAAGAAUUGCUGAUAGAAUAUCCACCCGAAGAAGUAGAAAUGAGACGUUGGACCAAAAUAGCUAACGCUUUAGGCAAUAGAACACCAAAACAAGUUUCUAGCAGAGUCCAAAAGUACUUUAUUAAAUUGCUGAGAGCUGGAUUGCCUAUUCCUGGUCGUGGUCCCAAAAUGAAGUUGGACGCUAAGAAAGGAAUAGGUCACAGGCAUCAACGUAGUAAUUAUUCUCUGUUUAGAAGAUCUACGUUCUUUCCACAUCAAGAUUUGUCUUUCACAAUGCCUGAUGAGACUAAAGAACAAGCAGUUACAGAAGAAUCUGAGGACGAUGCUGGCAACAGUAUUAUCGAAGACAAUCCCGAGCUGAGGCACAUAGAAUUAUUGCGGCAAGUGAAAUGUGAGAAAGAAGAAAGUUCUUCUACGUCAUAUAAACACGUUGGAUACAAGUGUGCAUUGUGCGGAGAAGAGCCUUUAACAGGCACAAGGUGGCAUUGCAUAGAAUGCCAAGAUGAAAUGGAUUUAUGCAGUGAUUGUGCAGUAGCACAGUUGGAAGCUGAAAAACCAUUACACGACCCGUUACAUAGACUGAUAUCUAUAAAACCGCCACAGUAUACUAGAAGUUAUGAUCUAGACUAUUUUCCACAAAGUUUUAGUAAUUCUUCCUAUAAUUACUUAGAUCCGAAUUUUUUACCAGAAUAAUAACUAUAUUAUAGUUUGUUUUUUCAAUUUUACCAUUAUUCUUACAAUGGUAGAGCUAUAAAUAAUACAAUUAAUUAUUUAUACAUUCGUAAAAGUGCAUCACGCAUUCGCGGUCUUUGAUUUUUUCACUUGUACUACGUUUAAUUCGGUACUAUCAAUACUUUCAAAUUUUAAUGCAAUUUUUUGUUUGUACUCAUUAAAUGUAUCAUUUUUUAUAUUUUCUCGAAUAAUUUUAAAAAAUUCAAGAUACUGAUGAAUAUUGUGUCUGUAAAUGAAAGUUUGCAUUUUAGACAUCAUAAACUAAGAUACAAACUUACAUAAAGAAAUACUUACAUCAUUAAUAAUAUUCCAAGAAGCAAUUCUUUGGUGUUCUGCAAAUGGUAUAUGUAUGCUCUAGUGUGAUUUUUGCAUGUAAGGCAUUCACAAUGAGAGCAUAUUGGAGAAAAAUCAUCCUCAUACCUGUCAUAAGAUAAUAAUUAAUAAAAAACUAUAGUGAUUAUAAACUAAAUUCAUAUACUGAUUUAAUGGCAUUACCUUUUCUCUUUGAACGAUAUUACAUGUAAUAUAUUACUACAGGUAUCGUGGUCACAUAAAACUGUUAAAGCUUCUGCAUUCUCUGCAGCUACAUAAGGAUACGAUGUAUCAAAUAUAUCUACACCUAAUUCAAUUAAGUUUAAUACUGUUAACGGAUUCCAACAUCCCAUCGACACUUUCAAUUUUUCAUUUGGUAACAUGUUCUGAAAUAAUUACUCUCAUCAUUUGAUCAUUUAUAUAUAAAAGUUUCUCACUUA